AUGGCCGACGCGAAGCAAAACGAGAAGCACGACUACGGCACUCCACACGCCGACGGUGACACGCACCAGGAUGCCAACACAGUGCACACUCGCCUGCGGGCGAACAGCUCCAUCAUGCAGCUGAACAAAAUCCUCGUUGCCAACCGAGGCGAGAUCCCCAUCCGCAUUUUCCGCACCGCCCACGAACUAUCUCUCCAGACCGUAGCAGUGUACAGUCAUGAGGACCGUCUCUCCAUGCACAGGCAAAAGGCCGACGAGGCAUAUGUCAUCGGCAAGCGAGGGCAAUACACACCUGUUGGAGCCUACUUGGCUGGCGACGAGAUCAUCAAGAUCGCCUUGGAGCAUGGUGUCAACAUGAUCCACCCUGGCUAUGGUUUCUUGAGCGAAAACUACGAAUUUGCAAAGGCUGUCGAGGAGGCUGGCAUCAUCUGGGUCGGACCUCGACCUCAGACGAUCAACGACCUUGGAGACAAGGUCUCUGCACGCGAGCUUGCCUUCAAGGCCAAAGUCCCUACCGUGCCUGGUACACCGGGUGCCGUAGCGAAGUUCGAAGCUGUCAAGGAGUUCACCGAUGAGUACGGCUUCCCCAUCAUCAUCAAGGCGGCCUUUGGUGGUGGCGGCCGUGGUAUGCGUGUCGUUUGGAAGCAAGAGGAGCUCAAAGACGCGUUCGAGCGUGCCACGUCAGAGGCCAAGUCUGCUUUUGGAAACGGCACCGUCUUCGUCGAGCGAUUCCUCUACAGACCCAAGCACAUUGAGGUGCAGCUUCUCGGUGAUAACCACGGUAACGUCGUUCACUUGUACGAGCGUGAUUGCUCUGUUCAGCGUCGUCAUCAAAAGGUUGUCGAGCUUGCUCCAGCCAAGGAUCUGCCCCAAGAAACCAGAGAUGCCAUUCUCGCCGAUGCCGUUCGCCUCGCCAAGUCUGCCAACUACCGAAAUGCUGGAACUGCCGAGUUCUUGGUCGACCAGGAAAACCGCCACUACUUCAUCGAGAUCAACCCACGUAUUCAGGUCGAGCACACCAUCACUGAAGAGAUCACUGGUAUCGACAUUGUAGCAGCUCAGAUCCAAAUUGCGGCUGGUGCUUCCCUUGAACAACUUGGUCUCACGCAAGACCGCAUCUCCAUCCGCGGAUUUGCCAUUCRGUGCCGUAUUACAACUGAAGAUCCCGCACAAGGAUUCAGCCCAGACGUUGGCAAGAUUGAGGUCUACCGCUCCGCUGGUGGUAACGGAGUGCGUCUCGAUGGUGGCAAUGGGUUCUCCGGAGCUGUCAUUACUCCCUACUACGACUCGAUGCUGGUCAAGUGCACUUGCCACGGAUCCACAUACGAAAUUGCUCGACGAAAGGUCCUACGUGCCUUGGUUGAGUUCCGUAUCCGUGGUCUGAAGACCAACAUUCCCUUCCUUGCCUCGCUCUUGACACAUCAAACUUUCAUCGACAGCAAGUGCUGGACCACUUUCAUCGAUGACACACCCGAGCUUUUCAAGCUCAUUGGCAGCCAGAACCGCGCUCAAAAGCUUCUCAGCUACCUCGGAGAAAUCAUCGUUAACGGACCUCAGGUCGUCGGACAAAUCGGCGAGUCGAAGUUCAAAGGCGAAGCAAUCAUCCCAACACUGCUCGACGGCAGCGGCAAGCAAAUCGACACUUCAAAGCCAUGCGAAAAGGGCUGGAGGAACAUCAUCACAGAACAGGGUCCGGAAGCGUUCGCAAAGGCCGUCAGAAAGAACAAGGGCUGCUUGAUCAUGGAUACCACAUGGCGUGACGCCCACCAGUCGCUUCUGGCCACCAGAAUGCGCACUAUUGAUCUUCUCAACAUCGCCAAGGAGACCAGCCACGCCCUCAGUAAUGCCUGGGCUCUGGAGUGCUGGGGUGGAGCCACAUUCGAUGUGGCCAUGCGAUUCUUGUACGAGGACCCAUGGGACCGCCUGAGGAAGAUGAGGAAGCUGGUACCAAACAUCCCCUUCCAGAUGUUGCUCCGUGGCGCCAAUGGUGUUGCGUACUCUUCGCUACCCGAUAAUGCCAUUUUCCACUUCUGUGAGCAGGCGAAGAAGAACGGCAUGGACAUUUUCCGUGUCUUUGAUGCCCUGAACGAUAUGGAGCAGCUUGAGGUCGGAGUCUCGGCUGUGCUAAAGGCUGGUGGUGUUGCAGAGGGAACCGUCUGUUACUCGGGAGAUAUGUUGAACCCCGAGAAGAAGUACAACCUUGAGUAUUACAUGAAGUGCGUUGAUCGCAUUGUUAAGAUGGGCGCCCACAUACUCGGAAUCAAGGAUAUGGCUGGUGUGCUCAAGCCAAAGGCGGCCACACUAUUGAUCGGCACUAUCCGCGAGAAGUACCCAGAUCUCCCCAUCCACGUCCACACCCACGACUCUGCCGGUACUGGUGUUGCAUCCAUGGUAGCCUGUGCACAGGCUGGGGCUGACGCUGUUGAUGCCGCCACCGAUAGCAUGUCCGGUACCACCUCCCAGCCAAGCAYCGGCGCUCUCGUUGCUUCUUUGGAAGGUAGUGAUUUCGAGGCUGGCCUAAACCCUCAGCACUUGCGCGCUCUCGACUCGUACUGGGCCCAGGUCCGUAUGGUCUACUCUCCUUUCGAGGCAUGGCUCACCGGUCCCGACCCCGAGGUGUACGAGCACGAGAUCCCAGGUGGACAGCUCACCAACUUGAUCUUCCAAGCCUCGCAGCAGGGUCUCGGCUCGCAGUGGGCUCAGACCAAGAAAGCCUACGAGCAGGCCAAUGACAUCCUAGGAGACAUUGUCAAGGUCACGCCCACCUCCAAGGUCGUGGGUGAUCUGGCUCAGUUCAUGGUUGCCAACAGCUUGAGCUACGAUGAUGUUCACACCAAGGCCAAGGAGCUCGACUUCCCAUCAUCCGUCUUGGAGUUCUUUGAGGGUCUCAUGGGCCAACCUUACGGAGGCUUCCCGGAGCCGCUGCGAUCUGAUGCCCUUCGUGACCGCAGAAAGAUGGACAAGAGACCUGGCCACUAUCUCAAGGCGAUCGACUUCGACGAGGUUCGCGAGAAGCUCAAGGAGGAAUACGGCGGUUGCUCCGAGACUGACGUUGCCAGCUACACCAUGUACGCCAAGGUCUUCCAGGAUUACAAGAAGUUCACGUCCAAGUAUGGUGACUUGUCCGUCCUGCCAACGCGCUACUUCCUCAACAAGCCAGAGGUUGGCGAGGAGUUCAGCGUGGAGUUGGAGAAGGGCAAGGUCCUGAUCCUCAAGCUUCUAGCGGUUGGCCCRCUCAGCGAGCAGACUGGUGCUCGUGAAGUCUUCUUCGAGACCAACGGCGAGAUGAGACAGGUCACAGUGCUAGACCAGCACGCCAGUGUCGAGAACAAGUCCCGCCCCAAGGCCGAUUCUGGCGACAGCAGCCAGGUCGGCGCACCCAUGAGCGGUAUGGUAGUGGAGAUCCGCCUGAAGGACGGCCAGGACGUCAGCAAGGGCGAUCCCAUCGCUAUUCUCAGUGCUAUGAAGAUGGAAAUGGUCAUCAGUGCACCACACUCCGGCAAGGUCGAGUCCCUCAGCGUCAAGGAAGGUGACUCUGUUGACUCGCAGGAUCUCAUCUGCAAGAUUGCGAAGUAG